CAAUGUUCAUGCUGCCUCCUGCUGGUCGGGCGACGCUCCGCUAGUGCACUCAAUGGGGCGAUGUGGCGCCACAGCCGGACUGCACUGUUUACAUUUAGCAUAUACCUGGGCGUUUAUACGUUGCUUUGACUAGCCCUGAAUUUAACGGAAUAGUGCCAAUUGUUUUGAACUCUGAAGGAAGUUUUGAAUCAAGCUGAACAUGCCUCGCAGACGUCAGAGACAUAUGGCAGGGAGUGGUUCUGAUGGAACUGAAGAUUCAGACUCCUCUGCUGAAAGAGAGCAGACCAAUAGUUCGGAAAGUGACGGGACCCGGACCAAGAGACAGCGUCUCACCAGAGCCUCCACUCGCCUGAGCCAGAGUUCUCAUGAUACGUCUGACUUGAAGCAGGCUGCAGAUCACGACGAAUCCCCGCCACUUACACCCACAGGAAAUGCGCCAUCCUCCGAGUCUGAGCUGGAUAUCUCCAGCCCGAAUGCCUCUCAUGACGAGAGCCAGGCCAAAGAUCAGGUCAACAGAGACUCUGACAAGGAUCUGUCCCACCGACCCAAACGUCGCCGUUGCCAUGAGACGUACAACUUUAACAUGAAAUGCCCAACCCCUGGAUGCAAUUCACUUGGUCAUCUCACAGGAAAACAUGAACGCCACUUUGCCGUGUCAGGAUGCCCUCUGUACCACAAUCUUUCUGCAGAUGAAUGCAAGGUAAAAGCUGUCAGCCGUGAGAAGCAAGAUGAUGAGAUGAAGGGACAGGAUGAGAACAAUUCCCGCCAUGCAACCCGUCACCAGACGCCUACAUCGAAGCAGAGCCGAUACAAAGAGCAAGUGGCUGAAAUGAGGAAGGGAAGAAACACUGGCUUGCAGAAGGAGCAGAAAGAAAAACACAUGGAGCAUCGGCAGACGCACGGCAACACCAGGGAGCCUCUGCUGGAGAACAUCACCAGUGAUUAUGACUUGGAGCUUUUCAGGAAAGCGCAGGCUCGUGCAUCUGAAGAUUUGGAGAAGCUGCGCAUCCAGGGUCAAAUCACCGAGGGCAGCAACAUGAUCAAGACCAUCCUGUUUGGCCGCUACGAGCUGGACACUUGGUACCACUCACCCUAUCCCGAGGAGUAUGCCCGCCUGGGUCGCCUCUACGUGUGCGAAUUCUGCCUCAAGUACAUGAAGAGCCAGACCAUCCUCAGGCGACACAUGGCCAAGUGUGUGUGGAAGCAUCCUCCCGGAGAUGAAGUGUACAGAAAAGGUGCCAUAUCUGUGUUUGAAGUUGAUGGCAAGAAAAAUAAGAUCUACUGCCAGAACUUGUGUUUACUCGCCAAACUCUUCCUGGACCACAAGACGUUGUACUACGACGUGGAGCCUUUUCUCUUUUAUGUCAUGACUGAGGCCGACAACACAGGCUGCCAUUUAGUGGGAUACUUUUCCAAGGAAAAGAAUUCCUUCCUCAACUACAAUGUUUCCUGCAUUCUGACAAUGCCCCAGUACAUGAGACAGGGCUUUGGCAAGAUGCUCAUUGACUUCAGCUACCUGCUGUCCAAAGUGGAGGAGAAGGUGGGCUCGCCAGAGAGGCCUCUGUCGGACCUCGGCCUCAUCAGCUACCGCAGCUACUGGAAGGAAGUGUUACUCCGAUACAUGCACAACUUCCAGGGAAAGGAGAUCUCUAUCAAAGAGAUUAGUCAGGAAACUGCUGUCAAUCCCGUGGACAUUGUGAGCACGCUACAGUCUCUUCAGAUGCUCAAAUACUGGAAGGGGAAGCACUUGGUGUUGAAACGACAGGAUCUGAUUGAUGAGUGGAAAGCAAAGGAGGUCAAGAGAGGCAACGGCAACAAAACCAUUGACCCCAGCUCACUGAAAUGGACCCCUCCCAAGGGGACUUAAGCACUCAGGUCCUCAGGCUACUCGAUAAACUCACCUUCAGCCUCGCCAGCCGCAAGUAGCCUCGACCUCCUAACUGUCAGUAAAGAUCAGAGCAUCCUUCUUUGUUGUUGUUUUUUUAAAAACUUUUUUAUUGGACCCUUUUUGUCCGUAUGUUUCAGUCAAAUCAAAAUGUUUAGAAUCCCAAGUUGAAUUUUGAAUGUUAAAUGACAGUUGAUCACAUGAAUGUUUUGCCCAUACAAAACGAUACAUACCUACAUUAGGGAGCAGUUAUAGACAUUUUUGUUUUUAUUUCACUUGACUUAUGAAGCAAAAGAUAAAUAAUCAUUACUGUGAUUUGAGACUGAAGAGAGCAGAGGAGAACGAUGCAAGCACUGUGUCAUCGUCUUUGGUUGGCGUAACAUUGUAUAGGUCAUAAUUACUUUUUCCUGGCUCCUUCCCAGCGGUACAGGAGUUGUACCCAUACUUUUGGUAAACCUGCCAAAUAAUGAAAGAAUAUAAUUGAUUUGCUGUAUACUGAAGUUAUGAAAGUACCACUGUAAAAAAAUAAUUAAAAAAAAAACCUCAGGUUUUUAUACUGAUACAAUCAUA